CCUACUACUGUCAGCCCUUCAGGGUCAGCAUACAGCAGCACCCUGCCUAGUUUCUUCUGGAAACUUUCCAUUGUCCAACCCCCAGAGUGGCCAGGACUCAUCAAGGCAGGUUCUGUCCUGCUGUGUGGUUAAUGAAGCUGGUGGGCUGGCAGCUUCCUCCUAGUUGCCAUGAGAACGACCAGGGCCACUGGCCCUCUGAAAACGGAAAAGAACAGCAAGUGCAAGACCACACAUUCCAUCCUGCCUUGCAGAUUAAAACAGCUGUCAAGCCGGAGUGAAGAAUCAGGCAGAGGUCUGCAGAGUGGAAAAGUGAGCCUCACGGUAGAACUCUGAGAUGUGAGUUCCAGUGAACUGGCUCACGAAGGGGAAACACAGGCUUGGUGACGCACGCUGAGAUCAGAAUGGCACCACCUCCUGGGCACAGGGUCCUUCUGGCCAGCGCGCUGGGCAUCUUUGUUCUCCACUGCUUCACGGGAGGGCAGAAGAACAGCACGCUGAUUUUCACCAAGGAAAAUACCAUCCGGAACUGCAGCUGCCCUGCAGAUGUCCAGGACUGUGACUACAGUCUGGCCAACUUGAUGUGCAGCUGUAGAACCGUCCUGCCUUUAGCCCUCGAGCAAACCAGCUACAGUGACCAUCUGACCAUCUGGUUCACAGAUGCAUCGGCCCUGGGCCUCCUGUUGAACUUCACGCUGGUCCGGGACCUGAAGCUUUCUCUGUGCGGCACCAACACUCUGCCCACCGACUACCUCGCUAUCUGUGGUCUGAAGAGGCUUCGUGUCAACACCCAGGCCAAGUGCCUAUCACCAGAGCAGAGCUUGCUCAUGCUCAACGGUGGGGAAAGGGAACCCAGAGAGCAGCCCGUGUGGUUCCCCAGAGGUUGGCAAACAUGUAUGUACAUCUCCUUCUUAGAUCUGGCGCUUUUCAACAGGAAAUCAUCAUUAAAAGCAUACAGUAUUGAAAACGUUGCCAGCCUUGCCAACAAUUUUCCUUACUUUUCUUACUUUGAAACCUUCCCAAUUUUAAGCAAUGAAAGCUAUGUCAUCACGUUCAUUUACUAACGUUGUAACAGAGGCCAACCAUCAGGAACUUUGGCAAGCUGGAAGCUGUUACAAGGAAGCUGGGAACAAGGCCAUGGGCAUCCUUACCUACAACUUCACCUGUCUGCCCAGCCCCCAUUCACCACAGAGCCACACAUACACCAGCCCUCCCUGCUCUACUCUUUGCUCAACCAUGGGAGUGAUUUCAAAAAACAAAAAAGGAACAAAAACUCAAAAAACCCAAAACCAACCAACCAAACAAA